AUGGUAGCCAUGGCAACCACCAAGAGAAUCGAAACCUACGAAGACUUCGCUAAAGUUCAUGCAAUUUUACUCGCCGCCUCAGGGUUACCGGAGCCACUUCACCGCAGUCUCUUCCAAAAACUUUCCACCGAGACAUUUGACGGCGGCGAACACUUUCAGAUCGAACCUUGCGAAGAAAACCGCAAGAGGCGCCUCGUGUUAACUUCGGAUUCUAUGGCCAAAGACUCCAAUGUCUUCCUCAUUGAUCACGCCUGGACUUUCAGACUCCCCGACGCUUACAAACAGCUUCUUGAAGUUUCGGGAUUAGCAGAGAGGAUGAGUUCUUUGAUGUGUGUAGAUACUGGCAUAAAUUUAGAUGGUGAAACUGUGUUGGAGGACGUUGGUGACGAAGUCUCGAGAGACAAGCUUGAUGUUGUGGAAGUAGUUGAGAGUGAGGUUCAAGAGGCGAAAAAGAAAGGUGAUGGUACAUUGAGAUGGUUGGAGCUUGACGGUCUUGACAUUGAUGAUGACACACUUCUCUCACUAGAUUUGCCUGCUAGAUUUCCGGAUUUAGUUGCGCUUAGCCUAUAUGGAAACAAGCUUACAAGAGCUGACUUGAUUGUUAAGGAAGUUAUCAAAUUUAAACAUCUAAAAGGACUCUGGCUGAACAACAAUCCAAUUCUUAAUAAUCGUGACAGCGAGUUUGCAGAUAUUAUUCUUAAGGAAUUACCAGAACUGGAGAUUUAUAAUUCAACUUUCACAAGCAAUUUUGGGGAGUGGGCAUUGGGCUUUUGUGCAGAGAUAUAUGGAAAGGAUAGCCCAACAAAUGCUGGUCAAGCUGACAGUCCACUGCUGAGUGUAUCUAAUCUUGACCUUUCAGAUAGAAACAUUCACAAUUUGAUCAACAAGGAAUUUUCACCCAUUUGUUUGCCAUCCCUUUCGUACUUGAACAUUCGUGGAAAUCCAUUGGAGCAAAACUCAGUUGCCAACUUGUUAGGUCUGCUGAGGGGAUUCCCUUGCUUAUGUUCAUUGGAGGUUGAUAUUCCUGGUCCUCUCGGAGGAAGUGCCGUUGAAAUUCUAGAAUCUCUUCCAAACAUUUCUGAACUAAAUGGUAUCAGUACAUCCAAAAUAUUGGAAUCUGGAAAGCAUGUUAUUGAUUCAGUGCUUCUUCCUCGCCUCCCUGAAUGGACCCCUGACGAGCCUAUUCAUGACCGUAUUAUAAGUGCAAUGUGGCAAUAUCUAAUGACAUAUAGACUUGCGGAUGAAGAAAAGUUAGAUGAAACCUCAGUGUGGUAUGUGAUGGAUGAAUUCGGUUCUGCUUUGCGGCACAGUGAUGAGCCAAAUUUUAGAGUGGCACCUUUUCUUUUUAUGCCGGAGGGCAAUCUAGCAUCAGCCGUGAGCUAUUCUAUUCUAUGGCCAACACAGAAUGUUUGGAAAGGUGAUGAAUGCACUCGUGACUUUCUUCUUGGUAUUGGUGAAGAUAAACAACGCUCUGCCAGACUUACUGCCUGGUUCCAUACGCCAGAGAACUAUUUUAUCCAAGAGUAUGAGAAGCACAAUCAGAAAUUGCAAUCCACAAGUUUAUUACCACCCACUGUGCAGUCUUCUGAGAGUAAAAGUAUCCGCCCACAUGAUGGACGUCUAUUACGGGUUUACACAGAUAUACCUCACGUGGAGGAGUACUUGACACAUCCUGAUUUUGCAAUCAUAAAGGACCCAAAAGAUGCAGAUAUAAUAUGGACAUGUGUGCAGGUAGAUGAGGAAUUGAAGAAGGCCACAGGAUUAACAGAUCAGCAGUACAUUAAUCAAUUUCCAUUUGAGGCUUGUCUAGUCAUGAAACAUCAUUUAGCAGAGACAAUUCAGAAGGCACAUGGAUCUCCUCAAUGGUUGCAGCCUACUUAUAAUCUUGAAACUCAACUGGGUCAACUUAUUGGUGACUAUUACGUACGCAAAAGAGAAGGACUAGACAACCUUUGGAUCUUAAAACCCUGGAACAUGGCCAGAACAAUUGAUACUACUGUAACUGAUAAUUUAUCGGCCAUAAUCCGACUAAUGGAAACUGGUCCAAAAAUAUGCCAGAAGUAUAUUGAACAACCUGCUUUGUUCCAAGGGAAAAAGUUUGAUCUCCGUUACGUAGUACUAGUUCGGAGCAUGCAUCCUUUGGAGAUAUUCCUGUCAGAUUGUUUCUGGGUAAGGAUAGCCAACAACCAAUAUUCUUUGGACAAAAGUAGUCUUUUUGAGUAUGAAACUCAUUUCACUGUUAUGAAUUAUCGUGGAAGAAUAAAUCACAAGAAUAUUAAGGAUUUUGUGAGGGAAUUUGAGGAAGAACAUCAAGUUAAGUGGUUGGAUAUACAUACAAGAGUAAGGAGUAUGAUUCGUUCAGUGUUUGAGGCAGCUGCGGUUGCACAUCCUGAGAUGCAUAGUCCAACAUCAAGGGCAAUUUACGGCGUAGAUGUCAUGUUAGACAGCUCUUUCCAACCUAAGUUACUAGAGGUAACUUACUGCCCUGAUUGUACGCGAGCUUGCAAAUAUGAUAUGGAUAUCGCAGUUGGAGAUGGAGGUGUUUCCAAAGGUUCUGAUUUCUUCAACAAUGUGUUCAAGUGUCUUUUUUUGAAUGAAAUUUCUCAGGUUAGUCCAUUGUAA